UGGGCGAGAUUUCACAACCUGUCGGAAGUCGAAAGCGUGGCCAGAGACUGCUCACGUAACGCGUGCUCCCUCUUGGUUCUAACUUCCCCCCAAGGCGCGCCGACCCCAACAAAAAGCAAAGACUCCAAGCUGACUCCUAGAGUGCAAGCGGCCGUGGCCAUCGUCAAUGAAGCCUGGAGCAAGCGCAAGCAAUGGAUCCCGAGGAAGCAGCACCUCUGGACCACCCCGUAGAGACCACUUCACAGCAAGCAGACUGGCAGUUCACCGCCCGUCACCGCCUGGAUGCCUUUCUCGCGCGAUGCCGCUCCCGCCCAGAGUCCGUGCGGGGUGUCCGCAGCAUCACCCUUAGAGAGCGCAACGGCAACACAGGAGUCAUGUUGGGCUGGUUCAACGACGAAGAGGACGAUUUGCUCAUCACACCUGAGGAUGUUGAAGUCUUUGCAGGUGCAUGCUCCAAUUUGGAUCGACUGCAGCUCGAUUGGGAUAACUUCGACUUUGCUUCGGAGAACUUUACCGUGCCGGCCCUCAUUCCUUUGGCGUCUCGGCUCGGGUCACUGUCCCUUGGCGACUACUCCCCUGGUAGGGAUGCGCAAGUUGCGUUCAUGCAGGAGUACCUCCCCGCGGCGGCAAACACCCUGCAAACUCUUUCAUUGCGAAGAAGCUUGUUCCUGACAGAACCGAUGUGGCAGAGCAUGACGCACCAUCUCCAGGCGCUGGUAAAGCUCUCUAUAGCAUUUCCGGAAGACCUUGCUUCCUGGCAGUCGGAAGAACGGGACUUUGGGGCACCCGUGACGAUUUCGGCUUCAGCUUGGCUCGCUUCGGACCUCCAUAAGCUUUCUAGCCUGCGACACUUGCGGCUGAAAUACAGCGGUGAAUGGACCCCGCCGGACCUCCAGCAAGUCGAGGUGCGGCACCCGGCGGUCACUACUCUCGACGUUUCUCCGAUUUUGAUGCUUUCCCCCAGGUCAUUACAAGAACGAUGCUUGCCGCAACUGAAAGAGCUCUUCCUCACAGCGCGGUCUACCGAGAUAGAUUUCUGGGAGCAACACCGCGUGCCGCAUAGAAGCCUGGUCGUGAGGCAACACAGGCUUCUGAAAGCGCUGAUGGACACACCGGGCUUCGGGCGUUUGUCGCGGUUGAGUCUGCGCAACAGGAGCGUCGCCAGCGUCAUCGAUGCGGGCAUUGUGGACGGCAUUUUCCGAGCGGGAACAAGCCUGCAAGAGCUAGUCCUGCCUGGCACAACCACGCUAUCGACCUCCAGUUCCGGUCUGCAAGUGGAAACGAACAGUGACGGUGUUUCGGUCCGUCGAUCUUUCAUGAUUCGGUGACGAAUGGUUGAAUAUUUUUGUUCAUGGGCGUAUGUGCUUUCGAAUACGUAGACUUUUAAACACCGGGGUACCAAAUAAAUGAAUGGCAUCAACAUAUUCGGACCAGGUUACAUAU